CAUCUCACAAACAUGUACGGAGCAGCUGACUACUAAGCUCUCUGCCAGCGCCAGGACGCACGUUAUUCAGCCCAGUCCCUGACCAGGGAGCUGCCCAUCUAGUAACUGGCCAGUUCUGACUGGUGGCUGACUGGGCAGGGCAGUGAAGGGGGUGAUGAGAGGGGCCCUGGGAUAACCUCACAGUCAGGUGCUUUCCUAGCCUGGACACUCCUCCCAGGUCCUCCUCUGAUUCAGAUACCUCCAGCCCCAGCUGUUCCUCCUCCAGGACUCUGUGCCCUGGGGCUGCCUGGCGUCUGGGAGUCUCCUUAGAGCCAGGGCUCUUCUGGCAGAGGCUGAAGCUCACCAGUGUCUUCCGGCCCCUCAAUGAGUGAGGCAAACCAAACCACUGUGGAGCCCUCGGAGCUCCCCACAGCAUCGGCCGUAUCCCCUGGACUGGGCAGUGGGGCCCGGGCAUGGCCUGUGCUGGUAGGGGUCGUGCUGGGGGCUGUGGUCCUUUCUCUCCUCAUCGCACUUGCUGCCAAAUGCCACCUCUGCCGCAAAUACCGUGCCAGCUACCAGCACCGCCCGCUGUCUGGGACAGUGAAAGGGGUCCGCCCCGAGGUGGGCGAAGACGAUGAUGAUGGUUUCAUCGAGGACAAUUACAUUCACCCUGGGGUUGGUGGGCUGGGGACGGAGGCCAGUAGGGACCACUUCUCCCUCUGAGCCCUCAUCUUCGGACCCCCCCACCCCUAUGCCCGACAGCUUAAGGACAGGAGAUACUUUGUGGGAACCACAAGCCUCAGGGACUUGGUGGCUAGGGCUUAAGGGCGGAGCAGGGGUAGAUCAAUCCCCCCUCCCUUGACACUAGCCACCAAAGUGAAACACCCUCUCUUGCUCAGUAACCCUCAAUGGCUCCCUCCUGUUCUUGGGAUAAAGCCUACCAAGGCCCUGGCUGUGAAAUCAGGUCUCUGUCAGCCUUUGGCUUCCUUUCCUGCCUUUCCCGACUUUACUCCCUGCUUAACCAAUUAUUUGUUAUUCCUCCCCCACCUACCAUGCUGCUUCUCCAUGGACCUUUGCUCACACUCUUCCCUUGUCUCCCUGCCCUUCUCUUCUCCCAAGUCCUUUAUGACAGUGAUGAGAAUCCCUGGCCAGUAGACCCCAUGUGGGCUGCCUACCUGCCAGCAUUUCACAUGUGCCCAGGUGAUAACGUCUUAGCAGGUGAAAAUCACUGUGCCAAGUUUCUCAGGGAGAUUUUUUUCCUAUCAAUCAAGUGGUAAUCUAAAUAGUUAUAAUAUAUUAUGUUUUUCACAGAUACUAAUAAAUCUAUUUUCAUUUUAAAUAAAAAUAGGAAGAAGUCACUCAUUUUUUAUUUUCCUGAACUGAAACUUGUGCACAAACAUGUCCCUGUCACUCAAAGC